AUGUCUUGCUACGACCUGGUCUCCAGCUCUGCCUGUGGCGUUGCUCGCCCCCAGCCCCUCGCUGACAGCUGCAAUGAGCCGUGUGUCCGUCAGUGCCCGGAUACUACUACUGUGAUCCAGCCACCUCCAGUGGUUGUCACCCUCCCCGGCCCCAUCCUCAGCUCUUUCCCCCAGGAUUCAGUUGUGGGAUCCUCUGGAGCACCUGUACUUGAGGGCUAUGGUGGUCUAGGAGGCUAUGGCUCCCUGGGCUAUGGGGGCUCCUCCCUGGGCUAUGGAGGUCUCUAUGGCUAUGGGGGCUAUGGCUCCCUGGGCUAUGGUGGUCUCUAUGGCUAUGGGGGCUCUCUGGGUCACAGGGGCCUGUAUGGUUAUGGUAGAUCCUAUGGGUUUGGCUCUUGCAGCCCUUACUCCUACCGGUUUGGCAGGUACCGCCGUGGCAACUGCGGCCUCUGGUAA